AUGGGAGUGACAGAUCUCGAUUCGGGUAUUGUAAGAUCGGAUUGUCCAAUCCCUGAUAAAGUUGGAAUAUUUUAUUUCGAAGUUGAAAUCACGAGUAAGGGAAAAAAUGGAUAUAUUGGAGUCGGAUUUUGCGAAAAAGAAGUUUACUUAAACAGAUUGCCAGACGAUGGAAAUAAGUUUGAAUCUACCGGUACAGGAGCUCCGUAUGGUCCUCCUUUUACUACUGGAGAUAUCAUUGGUUGUGGAAUUAAUUUUUAUAAAAAAAAAGCUUUUUAUACUAAAAAUGGAAAAAAUCUGGGAAUCGCUUUUCAAAAUCUUCAAGGUAACGAUUAUUAUCCUACAGUUGGAUUAAGAACUAAAGGUGAAAAAGUCAAAAUUAAUCUUGGUCAAGAACCAUUUAAAUUUAACAUUAAUGCAUAUGCUAAG